AUGAAACGAACAUCUGAAGAUACUUUGAAUGAGAUCUAUGUUCACCCAGCCACCGAUAUCAUCACUCCUCGUGCAAUACACAAUAAAGCGGCCGCACGAUUGCUGUUUCUCGAGCCCAGAUCCAGACAAGACAGUCUGGCCCUGAGGGACUUUGCGAUGGCCGCAACUACCACCCCUAGCAGAAAGCGGGCUAGGGAGGACGAUGCCGACCAGGAAAACGGAGAGUACGACGAUGGGCGCAAGACUUUGGCCGUUGCCUCGGCCAAGAAGCGCCGGCUGCAACUCGCCUCGUCUCCCUCGACGCCCAAGACGCUGAACGCCAUCGCCUCGGCAAUCUCGGGCGCAUUGGCGGGCGCGAAGCCAAAGAACGGCCACGCUGCGGCGGAGGACGGUCGUGGCGAUGUCGACAUGUCGUACGAGGUCCCCGACUCUGAUGAGGAGAGGGCGCGGGAACAGUCGAAGAAGAGUAGCAGUUCUACGGACAAGACGGCGGGCGUGGGGCGCUCAAUCCGGAACAGCAACGCGGCAAAUGUCUACGACGUGCCGGGAUCCGACGACGACGACGACGACGACGAAGGCGAUGCAGCCGCCACGCCUUCGAAGCGGAGCGGUGGGAAGAGCGCAUCUGGGCGAGGAUCUAGUACAAGGAGGACGGCGGCGGGCCGGUCAUCGCAAAGAAAAGUCCUCGACGACGGCGAAGACGGCGAGAAUAACGUUCUCACCGACACCACCGCGACUCUCGAAGAUGACAACAACACACCGACAAAGCCACGAUCGACGAGAAGAUCUCUGCCUGCUACUGCAAUCGAGAAGGACGGGACAGAGACGAACCCAGGCACGGCCGAAGAUGAGGGCACGCCACGUCGAGCUGUCGAGCUGACACCCUCGGGGCGCAAGAAGCGAGACCCGUUGGCGGAGCUGGUCAUCGACGGAACGCCCAGGCUCAAGGGGAUUCUCACCCCGUCGAGAAAAGACAAAGGCGCCGGUGACCGGCCGCAAAAGAACGUCGCCUUUGAGCAGGGAAGCAAGGAGAAGAAGAAAAAGUCGGAAGAGGUCUUCUUUGCCGAUCUUCCCGGCAAGAAGACCGGCAGGUCGCCCAAGCCACCGGCUCAGAGAAAGGCAUCAGCGUCCCCGAGGUCAAGAAAGAAGGAAGUCGUUCCGGCUCCGCCCAAGAUCCUGGAGGCUGAGAAGGAAGAGUCGAGUGGCGAAGAUGACACUCCUUGCGCCGUGUGCGGCGAUCCGGAGUCGGGCCCGUCCAACGACAUCAUCUUCUGUGACAACUGCGACCUGGCUGUGCAUCAAAAGUGCUACCACGUGCCCGUGAUCCCAGAAGGCGACUGGCUCUGCAAGACUUGCAGCCAAGAGGACUAUGCGCCUCCCGAGCCUGGCGCGGCGGUUGUCUCGAAAUCCGCCGCCGCAGCUGAUGAGGUGCCCGACAUUCCAAACUUCGAUACCCAUUUGCGUUCAUGGCAGCGAGUUCUGUUGGACAGGUGUACGGGCAGGCGACGGAUGAAGCUCAGGGGCCAGGGCGAGGCUUAUGAUAAGACCUAUCAACUGGUUGAACAGACAGUCCUGGCCGGCGAGGGGAAUUCCAUGAUGGUCAUUGGGGCCAGGGGCAGUGGAAAGACAACAAUGGUAGAGUCUGUUGUGUCGGCCCUUGCUGCAAGCCACAAGGAGGAGUUUCAUGUAGUGAGGCUCAAUGGGUUUAUCCACACGGAUGAUAAGCUUGCCCUCAAGGAGAUAUGGAGACAACUUGGUAGAGAGAUGGAGGUGGAAGACGACCUCGUGAACAAGACAAACAACUAUGCCGAUACUCUGGCCUCGCUGCUGGCCUUGCUCUCUCACCCUUCGGAGAUGUCUGGCGCAGAGCAAGGGGUUACCUCCAAAUCUGUCGUUUUCAUCAUUGACGAGUUCGACUUGUUUGCUGCACAUGCCAGGCAGACAUUACUAUAUAACCUAUUUGACAUUGCACAAGCAAGGAAGGCCCCCAUCGCGGUCCUCGGCCUCACAACCAGGAUAGAUGUGGUCGAGAGUCUGGAGAAGAGAGUCAAGAGUCGCUUCAGCCACCGAUAUGUCUACCUCGGCCUGCCUAAGAGUUUGCCUGCCUACUGGGAUGUUGUCCGCCACGGUCUCAGUAUCGACGCUGAGGAGCUGGCCACAGAGGGGAUCGACACCAAGCUCGAGGGCCACAAGCAAUUUUUCGAAUGGUGGACCACCAAGAUCGGAAACCUGCGCAAGGACGACGCCGCCUUCCAGGACCACCUCGAGUACCACUUCUACACCAGCAAAUCCGUGCCAUCCUUCCUCGCGACCUGCAUCCUGCCCCUCUCCGGCAUGACGCCCACCUCGCCCUCGCUCAAGAUCCCCGGCUCCGCGGCGCUGCCGUCGCUGGCGCCCCCGGACUCGAACCUGCACCUGCUCGGCUCGCUCUCGGACCUGGACCUCGGCCUGCUCAUCGCGGCGGCGCGCCUCGACGUCGUCGCGCACACGGACACGGUCAACCUGGCCAUGGCCUACGACGAGUACGCGUCGCUCGUGGGCCGGCAGCGCGCGCAGUCGGCCGGCGCGGGCAUGCUGGCGGGCCUCGGGGGCGGCGUGCGCGUCUGGGGCCGCGGCGUCGCGGGCGCGGCGUGGGAGCGCCUCGCGGGGCUGGGCCUGCUGGUCCCGACGGGGCCCGGGGGUAGGGGCGGCGGCAGCGGCGGCGGCGCCGCCAACGCGGGCCAGGGCGGGCUCGAGGCCAAGAUGUGGAAGGUCGAUGUCGCGCUCGAGGAGAUCCCCGCCGCGACGAGGCUGAGCGCCGUGCUUGCCCGGUGGUGUCGGGAGAUCUGA